GGGAGAAAACUCUGUUACUCACUCCGUCUCCAACUUUGAGGGGAAGUUACCACCUCUUCCCCAGACGCUGUACACACACGCUCAGGCAGACACACACACACACACACACACAUACACACACACACACACACACAGACACACACACACACACACACAGACACACACACACACACACUCACACACACUCUUCAGGACUUGACCACAGCAGCAACAGUGAAUCAACAGAAACAGCCAGGACUGCUGUAACGCUGAUUUUUUCUUCUAAUUUGGUGGGAAAGAAGACGAGGAGUUGCAGCUUGCCUCGGGUUUUCUGUGUGGAAUGAGCAGUUGUACAAGGACAGGGUUUUUUUUUUCUCUUAUCACUGACUGGGUUGCCAAAUGAACCGUUCAGCCUGAGGACCAAAGAUCACGGGCCCCGAUCCAACAGCAAGCGGGAGAAAGCGAGCGGCGCUUGGUCAUUUUGCAUCCAUUUUCCAACUUCUCGUUACACCAUGAGCUGGGACUGAGUGAUUGCUCCUAGGUUUCAUUUUGUGGUGUGAAGAAAUAACAAAGUGAAGAUCACCAUGGACGUGAAGAAAAAGGAAAUGGACCUCUUGAGCAACAGCAUAGCUGCUUAUGCGCACAUUAAAGCAAACCCGGAGAGCUUUGGUCUCUACUUUGUGCUCGGAGUGUGUUUCGGCCUGGUGCUCACGCUCUGCCUCCUGGUCAUCCGCAUCUCCUGCAAGCCACGGACCAACGUCGCGCCCUCCACGCCAGAGAAAAAACAGUUGAAAGACAUCAGCGAGGAGGAGGAGGAGGAGGAGGAGGAGAGUGAGGAUGAAGAUGACGAAGAAGGGGUCGAUGUUGAGGCGCCGGCCCUCUUGCCCAUCACAGAAAUCCCUGUUGGCAAUCACAACGGCCCCUCGGAUGGGACGCUGGGGCGCGUGAACGUAUUCACUUCAGCCGAAGAGCUGGAACGGGCACAGCGACUGGAGGAGAGGGAACGUAUCAUACGAGAGAUCUGGAGGAACGGCCAACCUGAUAUUCUGGGGUCGGGCACAGGGACGAUUGGAAGAGUGCAUUACUACUAAAAGGGCUGACGAGGGAAGCACUAACUGCAAACUCUGCGAUGGAUUGACACAGACCUUUGAGUGGGCCCGGUGUCCCUGAAGCCUGCACGACUUGAGAACCUGUUAGAUACAAACUGACACGUGGAAACGGGCAAAACGGUGAUGUGCCACACUGACUCGGCUCUGACGGAGCCGGACUUUGAGAUAUUGCACUUGUUAUUAUGCAAUGUUACUUUAACUGACUACAUGAACUUAAACCAAGAGAUGUCUUUACAACCGAUUAAGCCACAUGGAAGAAGGGGCGGUGUGAAUGCGGGAGGUGAUGGACGUGUGAAGUAAUCAGUCUUUUAAAAUGUAUGGUGCUUAAGGACAUUAAAUGCACACAACUAGGUUUAUGUAAGCAAAUUAAUAUGUACUGUAUGUUGCAAUGAAGAUCAUUUGUUUGCAGUGUAAAGGAAAAGGAAAUGACAUUGUCUGAACAAACAGCUAUUAUCCAAUGGGGAUGGAGGGAUGGGGGGUCAGAUUAUGGUGAAAAGACAAUUAAAAUUGGCGUCUUUAAUUUAUAAGUACAUUUCCUUCAUGUCUAUGUUUUCAGGGGUACUUCCACCAGAGGAAAUGACAGAAUCAAAGUAUUAAGCUGAAGCAAUUUACCGUUGUUUCUCUUCAUAAUGCCCAAAUGUCAGACAAAUAUACAACACAGAGCUCAUCUUCUCCAUACCUUUGGGCCAUGGAUUUUUAAUCAAGUUCAAAAUAAGUAUAUUUUUUAUCAGGA